UACAGUAUAUAGUCACUGGUCCUAGUAACAGCAUCGUAUACAUCAAAGUGGAGUAAACUUCACCAUUACACUCUGACACAGUGUAGAGGACUUGUGAUUCCAUGGAUCUAUUCUGUAACUUCUCGGCUAAGAUAUGCACUGUGUGGAUACUUUAAAGCAGAGGUGCUUUGAAUAAGCGAAGUCAGGACACUGCUAUACUACAGGUUACUAAUGUGGUAAAAGAGACAUCAGGGUGGAACCUUCAGAUCUUCCUAGUAUUAUAGCUGUAAAUCAAGGGCACAAUGCCUGCCGGGCCCAUCAUUGCUGUUUGGAUGGUUUGCCUACUGGUUGGCGUUUCCUGCCAAUAUUCCCCCACACCACAAUAUUUGGAAGAGAUCUCUGACUUAUCACAGACAUCAAGCCAGGAGCAAGCCGGCCACAUCCUACAGCUGGAUACCAACCAAAAUGUUAAGGCUAGCAAUAUCUCGCAGGAGGAUUACAGGAAUAUGCUGCCACAACGACCACCUCCAUGUCUAUCCCGCUCUAAGAUCAAGCACGCCUUUAAAUAUGUCACCACCAUACUGUCCUGUGUCAUUUUCCUGGUGGGGAUUGUAGGAAAUUCAACACUGUUAAGAAUCAUCUACAAAAAUAAAUGCAUGAGAAAUGGACCAAACGUCCUUAUUGCCAGCUUGGCAUUGGGAGACCUGUUCUAUAUCCUAAUCGCUAUUCCCAUCAAUAUAUAUAAGCUGCUGGCGGAGAACUGGCCAUUUGGAGCCCAUGUGUGCAAGCUGUUUCCCUUUAUUCAGAAGGCCUCGGUGGGUGUCACUGUCCUGAGUCUUUGCGCACUGAGCAUAGACAGGUAUCGAGCGGUGGCCUCCUGGAACCGAAUUCAAGGCAUUGGAAUCCCAGUGUGGAAAGCUAUAGAGCUCACUUUGAUCUGGGCAGUUGCAAUCAUUCUGGCUGUCCCAGAAGCCAUUGCCUUUGACUUGGUGGAAUUGGAAUUUAAGGGGCAAAUUAUGCGAGUCUGCAUGUUGCCGCAAGAGCAGUCAUCAAGAUUUAUGACGUUUUACCAAGAAGUGAAGGUAUGGUGGCUCUUUGGCCUUUACUUCUGCCUGCCCCUGGUCUGCACCGGGAUCUUCUACACACUGAUGUCCUGCGAGAUGCUGAGCAUGAAGAAUGGGAUGAGGAUCGCACUGAAUGAUCACAUGAAGCAGCGGAGGGAAGUGGCUAAGACAGUAUUCUGUUUGGUGGUGAUAUUCGCCCUCUGCUGGUUACCUCUGCAUGUGAGCAGCAUCCUGAAAAAAACGGUGUAUGACGGAAGAGAUCCACACAGGUGUGAGCUACUCAGCUUCUUCUUAGUCAUGAAUUACAUUGGGAUCAAUAUGGCCUCCCUGAAUUCCUGCAUAAACCCUGUGGCGCUCUAUUUCGUCAGCAGAAAGUUCAAAAACUGCUUCCGGACCUGCCUUUGCUGCUGGUGCCACCGCCCAAGUUUAACAAUCACACCAAUGGAUGAAAAAGGUUCUGGAGGAAAAUGGAAAGCCAAUGGUCACGACUUGGUUCUGGAUCGCAGCAGUUCUCGUCUCACAAACAAAUACAGUUCUUCCUGAGAGCAAAUUAAAGAUUACAGAUGCCAUUUCCUACCUUCUGAUCGCUCAGUGUAUAUUCUGCACUCAGGCGGUUGGAAUGCCCUGUGGGCAGUUUUUUGCAGAGAUGGCAUCCUGCGUGUGUAACGUUUCCAUUUAUUUCAGGCUCAAAAACCGAGGACCACCAAGAUUAACGGAUACAUUACAACUGGAAAAUGUGACAAUCAGCGAUUUGAGUCUCGCUCCACCAACCUCAUCAAAUCAGGUUUCCAAUCCAGAGCCUCUACUCAUUGAGAAGAAAUGAAGCGGUCCCGGCUAGCCUAGGAUAUAUGGAAACCUUACACAGCCAUACAUUUUCUUAGGACAAUAUUCUAGUUACUGUGCCAUUAAGUGAACGUUGCACAUAUGAACUGCCUAACACUGCCAUCAAAAUUGAUCAUGUAAUAUAGUUUUGGAGGUUUUUUUUUCUGCUAGUCAACAGAUUUUCUAAAUUUAGGUCAUGACUUUGUAUGCUGUAACAUAUAGAAAAGGAGCACUUACAUAUCCUUUAUGUCAGGCCUAUACAAUGAACGACUCGCCAACAGAUGAUGACCUACCAGACUCAGAGCUGGGUAAUCUGCAAUAUAAAUUACACCUGCACCAGUUCCUUGAACUGGCAUUAUAUAACGUUUGCUGUCAUGUAAAGGUUGUUUUAAAACCAUAAUUCAACCAAAUAUGUAUUUUAGUUCUAUACAUACAUAAUUUUUUUUUUCUAAUAGUAUGGUCAAAAUUGGUGUAAAGUUAAAAGUAUUCCAGCUAGGGAAAGCCCCCCUCCCAUCCUCUGGAGGAGCAGACCCAUGGAUCACAGCUUCCAAUAGCUGAGAAAAACAGCCACUGAUAGCAUUUGUUAGUAGGGCUAGAUGAGUGGAGAAAAUGAUGGCUCCUGUAGUACUCAUGAGUUAAGGGCCUAGAGGCCAAGGGACUGACCACGAGAUAAGGGGCCCAGAGUCCCAGGGACUGACCAUAAGAUAAGGGGCCCAGAGUCCCAGGGACUGACCACGAGAUAAGGGGCCCAGAGUCCCAGGGACUGACCACACUCUGCACUGUUACUCUGGCUUUCAUUUAAGGAAAACAUAAAAUUUGACUGAGAAUAACUUACAAGACUUAGAAAAGAACAACCUACUGUAUAAUAUCAGAUUUUUGUGAUGUAUCACACCUUCUAAUAAAAAAAAAAAACACAAGAGGAAAAAUUGCCUAUAGCAAAAAACAGCAUCUAGCUAUCAUUUUACAGUACUAGAUUACUAAUUAUAGCUAGACUCUAAUUGGUUGCUAUGGACAACUGCUCCACUUGUCCUCUUUAGAUCACUAAACGGAUCUGUAACCCAUAGUAACAAAAAAAAAAAAAAGGUAUUGUUUAAAUGAUACCUAGAGAAAGCCAAUACUGUAUAUGAAUAGUUGCCACCAUUUAAAACACAUGCACACCACUUCUAAUGUUAUUUUUUAUUUUUUUUAAACCAUAGAGUGCAAUAAAAAGUUUUAAGGAUUAGUUGAUAACAGUUUAAAGACCACUCUGCUGACUCCCCACAGCCCAGCAUGCAAGCUAUGUGGCCCUUUCAGCUUUGUGGCAUGGUUACAAGGUAAAUUGGAGAACUGGAUAUCAAAGUGAUGGACUUUACCUUAAUUACACUUGUAGGCAGCGUAAUAGCCGAGAGUUACUGACCAAAGCACAUUUUGUAGAUCAACAGAAAGGAAACUGAGAAAAGAAAAGCAGUAAGUGCCUUAUACAGUCUUAUAACAUGUACAUAGAUUUAUAGACUCUGUAUGCUGGAAAUGUUCUACUACUUCUACCACACAAUGCCUCCGAUAACUGCAUGUCCUAAGCGGGAGGUCAGAGGAACUUCAAAUUAGAAACACUGUGGCGUUAAAGAGAGGAUGAUAAUGACUUUAGAAGAUGAUUACCUCACCCCCACCCCCGAUGAACUAAACAGGUUUCACCUGCUCAUAAAGCCAUAGUGUAUGGUUUUCCUUGCACCAAAGAUGGCUCAGGACAUACCUAGAACUAUCCAGUUGUGUUUAAAAUAAAAAAUGUUUGCGGAAGACAAUCUAAUACAAUGGGAUGGACAUACCAACCAUUACUCUGGUCAAGUUUGAGGACUCUUUUAUACAUUAACAAUGUGGCUGAAUUUAACUGAAAUUUGCACAAUGUAAUUGUCCUACUAAGUCAGGUUGUCAGCUUUCUGACCACACCGUAUGUAACAGUAGCCAAUUGCAAAAUCUGCCAGAUAAAUAUCUGGUACAAGAACAGAUUGCCUUUUAUUGAUUUAAGAAAACGCACCUUAAUUGGUGUGAUAUCCUGGUGUGGGGGAUGAAGAUUUAAUUAUGAGGAGCUGAAGAGUAACAAUCAACUAUGCUAUUUAUUCCCAGCUACAGGAGAAUGUGCAGCAGUGAUCAGUGACCAAUAGUAACAGGUCAGGGUUGUAGAGUGCCCAGCCGGGCGCAGGAAGGCCAUUCAGUACUUAUGGCAUGUGGGCAAUCCAUUCACUAACAACCGGUGGCUUUACUGAUUUUUCUAAUGACCAUUACAUAUACCGCUUUCACAUCGCUAUACCUGUUGGCACCCGUGACUUGUGCACGGGUCCUUCCCAGGUGCGGCCCGGUUAAGACCCUUUCAGACUGGCGGCACCAACCCGGCAUAUUGCCGGCUUGGUCACUUCAGAGGUGAUGUAUGCGGAGGUGGCGUCUAGAGAACAGAUCAUCUCCAAGCGCUGCCUGUCCCUCUAACGCCGCCUCUGCCUAUACUGUGAACGGGUCCUGGGUGGCAUCGACCCGGCAACCCGUUCACACUGCACCUGACACAGUAAUAACCCUGCUUUAUUCCCAGGUUGAAAUACUGGGUCAGGUGACCCGGGACUUCGGGACUUACCCCUUUCACACUGCAUAUCGACCUGCCAAUAUACUGGGUUAUUUGUGCGCUGUGAAAGGGGUAUUAGAAGGUACAGGUUUUCCGGCGACACCGGAAAGCGAGAAUAGGCGACCUAGGCUUCUUAUAUUCAAAGAGGUUUCGACAUGUCAGGCAUAUGUCAAACACUUUUUGGUUGCCCCCACUUCUGAAUACAUUUCACUUCAUCAAUGUACAUAGUUAUUAAUGUAGUAUAACAUGUAUUAUCAGCUGUUCUGAACUGUAUUCGUUCACAUGGUCGACCAUGUUAUGGUCGACAGUCAUUAGGUCGACCACUAUUGGUCGACAUUGACAUGGUCGACACAUGAAAAUGGUCGACAUAUGAAAGGUCGACACAUGAAAAGGUCGACGUGCGUUUUUUAACUUUUUUUUCUUUUGGGGAACUAUUCCAUGCUUUACGAUCCACGUGGACUACGAUUGGAAUGGUAAUCUGUGCCGAGCGAAGCGGUAGCGGAGCGAAGGCACCAUGCCCGAAGCAUGGCGAGCGAAGCGAGGGUUCCCCGUCACUUUACGCAAAAAACGACACCAUAAAAAGUUAAAAAACUCAUGUCGACCUUUCAUGUGUCGACCUUUCAUGUGUCGACCAUGUGUCCAUGUCAAUGUCGACCAAUAGUGGUCGACCUAAUGACUGUCGACCAUAACAUGGUCGACCAUUCAUACUGGAACCGUUCUGAACACCAGAAUUAUAGAUCUGACAGCUUGAUAUUCUCACAUCGGUAAUAAUUUUCUAUGUAAAUACAUGUAUGCAAACUGUAUUGUAGUUAUAGUAUUUCACGGACUGUUACCGGUCAUUGUAAAGUAAUACGUAUGUUUUGAUUCUUGUUUUAAAUUAAAGUGUUUCAUAUUGGUA